UUAGGGAUGAUGGUGGGCUUUCUUUAAACUAGAGCUCGAUAAGGACGUCGGAAAGCUGCUGGUUGUUUAUUUGUCUGGCACAGAGGAAGCUGAUGGUGAUAUUGUGCAAAUCCUGCAGAAAGAUUGUGCAGGAAAUACCCAAAUUUUGCUGUAAACUCCUCCACGCAGUGGAGAAAAAAACAAACCGCGAGUCCGGCUGCAAGCAAGCACGGAGCAGCCGGAAUCUGAGCUGGGCGAGCRGGAAGGUUGGCACAGCAUCCAGCGGUGCUGCCACCGGCCCUGGGGUGGGGCUUKGUGCCUGACCCAGCCCUUGCGCCUUUCAGCCAGCUCCAAGGGCCUGCUGCUGAGCAUCUCCCCAAAAUGCAUCGCUGCUCAGUGUCAGCCCUGAAGCUUUGUCUGCUCUGCGCUUUGCUCGUGUCUUCGCCGAUCGGUGGCUGGUCACCUGCAGCUGCCACAAGCCCGGGCUCCCCGCCCGCGCCUCCGAGGCCGCCCAGCCCCGGUGCUCCUGGGUGCGGAGGGCCACGGCUCACUCGCUCUGGGCAGCGCAGGCGGGACACGGCGGUGCUCUCCGCUGAGGAAGCUAUAACCAUGGAGAACCUGCCUAAUGCCAACAGCAGAUUUGCACUUGAUCUGCUCAGAAGGUUUAGUGAGGCCAACCCAACAGGAAAUGUCUUCUUUUCUCCUGUCAGUGUCUCUGCUGCUCUGGCCAUGGUUGUUUUGGGGGCCAAAGGUAAUACAGAAGCCCAGAUGUUAAAGACACUUCACGUUGACAAAGUUGAAAAUGUGCAUUCARGAUUCCAGGCUCUGAUGACGGAUAUAAACAGAAGCGAUGCUCCCUAUCUGUUGCGGCUCGCCAGUCGGCUCUUYGGAGAGCAGUCCUACAGCUUUCUGCCGGAUUUCCUGACUAAUACACGGAAAUUAUAUGGARCUGAUUUGGCUACAGUUGAUUUUCUUCAGGCUUAUGAUAAAGCCAGGAAAGAAAUUAACCAGUGGGUUGAGGAUAAAACUGAAGGCAAAAUCCCUGAUCUGCUGCCUGAUGGCUCAGUUAACAGCAUGACCAAGCUGGUACUGGUGAAUGCUAUUUAUUUCAAAGCAAACUGGGCAGAGAAAUUUCAAGAAGCUGACACCACUGAUGCACCAUUUCGGUUAAAUAAGAAUGAAAGAAAGACAGUGAAAAUGAUGUAUCAGAAAAAUAAAUUUAAUUUUGGAUACAUCCCCGAAGAGAAGCUCCGUGUUUUAGAGCUGCCUUAUGACGGAAGAGAACUCAGUAUGAUCAUYCUAUUACCUGAUGACAUUGAAGACGACUCCACUGGACUGCAGAAGGUGGAAAAGCAGCUUACCUUAGAGAAACUGCAGGCAUGGACACGUCCAGAGCACCUGUAUUCCGCUGAUGUCCAUGUGCGUUUGCCAAAGUUCAAGCUGGAAGAAAGCUAUGACCUUAAAUCAGAUUUAUCUGCUAUGGGCUUGUUGGAUGUGUUUGACAGUGGCAAGGCAGACUUGUCAGGAAUGUCAGGAGCACGUGACCUCUUCCUCUCUGAAGUUGUCCACAAGGCUUUUGUGGAAGUGAACGAGGAAGGCACRGAAGCUGCAGCUGCCACUGCGGGCAUUGCCAUGCUCUGCAUGGCCAUAGUAGAGGAUUUCAACGCUGACCAUCCUUUCCUUUUCUUUAUUCGCCACAACCCAACACAAAGCAUACUUUUCUUGGGCAGAUAUGCUUCCCCAUAAAAGAAAACUCAGCAUUUGCAGCAGUUCCUGCUGUUGUUAGUGAAAGCUUUGUUCCUGAAUAAAUUAAUUUUCCURUUGUAAAUUCCUAGUAAUUUGACUGAGAUUCUGCCUUUCCCAUUAAAACAACCACUAAGAAACCAAGGAGUAAUUUUUUUUUCUUUCUUGAGACUGAGAUAAUCUUCAAUUAAACAAGGAAAAUUUUGACUGUAGGCAGAAGAAAUCUUUUGAAAUUGGAGUAAAAAUAGAAAUACUCUUGGAAGAAAUGCAUAUCUCUUAAAGCAUAGGAUCAUCCUUAUGCAUUGUCACAUAGGUUUUUCUGUGUAAACAGCCCCCCAUUGUAAUAACUAGUCACUCUUUAAUAAUCAAAUCACUCCUUAUGCAUAUGCACUAGGUUGUUCUUGCAAAGCUCUUGCUCCCCUAAAAUUUUGCUUUACAAAAGUGCUGUAAGAGAGUCAUUCUAGGCACCAAAAGCAUGUCUUGAACAGCUGAGUUUACCCAGUUCUGUCAUGAAACAGAAGGUCAGAUAACAUUUGUUUAGAGACAUCUAUUAAUAGAGAAAGGAUUAAGCUAUUUAAACAAAAGUAACCCCUUGCAGUCAUUAGUCAGAAAAAUUGCAACACACCUUUUGAAUGAGAAGGAGAAAAAAAUGAGUAACAAUUUUAGGUGAUAUGUUUAAAGAUAUUUAAAAUUUAUGGACUGGUGCUAUUUUAGUUAUUGAAAAGAUGAAAAUGUUUCAGGGAUUAGAGGUUUUAGGUGCCUUUUUGAAAGUUCAGAAGCUGUCAGUAUGACAUUAGCUUCUGGCCAGAACCUGUGUCACUCCCAAAAGACACUUCAGCUUCCCAGAGGAUGACUGGGUGUAAUCUGCAAGAAAUAUCUGAUGUUUCUCUUUAUGUACAAGGAUUCUGCAUUUACUGAGCUGGCUUCCACUACCUCUUUUUUCACAAACCUCUGGUACUGUACCACAGCCUUAUUCCUGAGAGCCAAUGU